AGAGGCUGGGCCUCUGGACUGGACACACCCUUGGUCACAUUGGGAGGGUGCCUUGGUCCUUGUGUCCCAUCACUGCAAGACCAGAAUUGUGUUGGGCUCCUGGCCGUGAAGGGCAGCGCUCCCAGAGACCAAGGAGUCUGUGUAGGUCUUACAUUUGGACGCAGAGCGAAGCAAGGAUGCGUGAAAUCGUACACAUUCAGAUUGGCCAGUGUGGUAACCAGAUCGGAGCAAAGUUCUGGGAGGUGAUUGGCGAGGAGCAUGGGAUCGACUCUGUCGGGAGCUACUGCGGGGACUGUGCUUUACAGCUGGAGAGAAUCGGCGUGUACUACAACGAGGCGCACGGUAAGAAAUAUGUGCCCCGGGCUGUCCUAGUGGACCUGGAACCCGGCCCGAUGGACAGCAUCCGCUCUGGCAGACUGGGGGCCCUCUUCCAGCCGGACAGUUUUGUGCACGGGAACUCAGGCGCCGGCAACAACUGGGCCAAGGGCCACUAUACGGAGGGCGCGGAGCUGGUGGACACGGUGCUGGACGUGGUGCGGCGCGAAAGCGAGCGCUGCGACUGCCUGCAGGGCUUCCAGGUGGUGCACUCGCUGGGCGGCGGCACGGGCUCGGGCCUGGGCACGCUGCUCAUGCACCGCGUGCGCGACGACUUCCCGGACCGCCUGGUGCACAGCUUCAGCGUGGCGCCGUCGCCGCGCGUGUCGGACGCGGUGGUGGAGCCCUACAACGCGGUGCUGGCGGUGCACCAGCUGCUGCAGGCCGCCGACGCCUGCUUCUGCAUCGACAACGAGGCGCUCUACGCCCUGUGCCUGCGCUCGCUCCGACUGCGCGCGCCCGCGUACCCCGACCUCAACCACCUGGUGUCGCUGACCAUGAGCGGCGUGACCACGUCGCUGCGCUUCCCGGGCCAGCUCAACGCCGACCUGCGCAAGCUGCUCGUGAACAUGGUGCCGUUCCCGCGCCUGCACUUCUUCCUGCCCGGCUUCGCCCCGCUGGUGGGCCGCGACGCCGAGCGCUACCGCGCGCUGUCCGUGGCCGAGCUCACGCGGCAGGUGUUCGACCCGCGCAACGCCAUGGCUGCCUGCGACCUGCGCCGCGGCCGCUACCUCACGGUGGCCUGCGUCUUCCGAGGCAGGAUGUCCACCAAGGAGGUGGACGAGCAGAUGCUGGCCGUGCAGACCAGGGACCACAGCUGCUUUGUGGACUGGAUCCCCCACAACGUCAAGGUGGCCGUCUGCGACAUCCCGCCGCGGGGGCUGGACAUGGCCGCCACCUUCAUCGGCAACAGCACGGCCAUCCAGGAGCUCUUCAGCAGGGUGGCGGAGCACUUCUCGGCCAUGUUCCGACGGAAGGCCUUCGUGCACUGGUACACCAGCGAGGGGAUGGACAUCGGCGAGUUUGAGGAGGCCGAGAGCGACAUCCACGAUUUGAUAUCCGAGUACCAACAAUUUCAAGACGCCAAAACAGUCUUUGGGGAAAAUGAGGAAUUCGUGGAGGAGGCAGAAAUAGAACCAGGUGAAGCACAUUAACGCUGGGAGCUGUGUGGGCGCCACCUGCGGGUCCCUCACCUCCAGGAGUGUCCCUGUUCCGCACUGCAACACGGUGACCAUUUCCACGCAGCUGCUCAGCACUAGCUUUGACCCAGGACUGCGGGGAGAGGGGGCCAGGCAAAUGACUGAAAGACAUUAGGGUGUGCUGACAUUCACUAGCCUUGAAGGGUUUGACGCACACUCUAUUGACUUAUUUUAAAUAGCAAAGUCAAUCUAUCAUGAAGUACUCCCUUUAUUUAAAAUGUCAUCUGGGAAUUUGGGUAUGCAUUAACGCUGCGUCAGGCAUCAGGACUACAGGUGAGGACGUGUGCGGAGUCACUGCUGAGGCAUUAGCUUGUAAACUCCUCAGCAGCACUGGUAAGAACGCUGGACUCCUUGCCUGGCAUCCUUGCUAAGAUUCUCAGCUCAGUUUCUCUCUUAACACAUGAUGCCCAGCAUCCUACCUUCUCUGCCUGCCAGCCUCUAGAAAAGCCAGGUGACUAAGUGGCAUGUGGGAAGCUAAAGGUAAAUGUGAGUCAACGCCUACCAGCAAGUUGUAUAGACCACGUGUGCACUUCAGCGUACUACCUGUAGA